AGGCACGUCAUUAUGUAUCCACCAUGAUAUUUUUACCAAUUUCCACCGCGCUCUAUUCAUCGUAUAUUAAAUUCAACAUCUUCUUCUUCUACAUGUAGUUCUUGACCAACUACUACUAAUAUGCUUUCAUUCAGUUGUGCAACCAAAAAUCAAAGUUUCUUUCUCGAAUAACAAAGUAGAAACAGCAUCCGUCGUGAGCUGCAGCAACAACCAAAAUGAGGCUCCUGUCCUCGAGAACUUGUACAUCAAAAAGCCGCUCAACAACCAGUACAUGUACAAGUACAACCCGUUCCAUUCUCAUACGGCGUUCUCAACUGUUACAUUCUCAACUGUUACACGAAUUUGCGAUGCAAGAAUGGCAACAGGGAAAGGCCGGAUCUUGCAACUCUUGCAUUACAAAUUCGGCACAGAUUCCCAUGCUGUUUAGCCCUUCCAAAAUUUGUCAUGUGAGGCAGCUUCACUGUGUGGACGUUGAUGCUCAUUUUGCAUGACAAAUCCAUGGAACAGUUGAGAGUGUAACAGUUGAGAGCGCCAUAUCUCACUGCGGCGGCGGCCGCUGCAGGAGUCGCUUUGUUUCUCCAACAGGAACAUCAAUCAGCUCCAGCUGCUGGCUAUCGAGUGCAAAAAUGUCUGGGUCUGGAAGAAUGCGCGAUCUGUCAUGCUGCUUUUCCAUGACAGACCCAUGAGGUCUGGAAUGCAGGGCCUAGCAUGACAGAUUCUGCGGGACCUGUCUCAUGCCUAUCCUGCAUGAGAAACUCCCUCCCGACUUGGUCAAAACUGGACGACUUUUGGUAAUCAUGCAACACAGAUUUUUGCAUGCUGCAGAUUUAGCAUGACAAGUUCCAAUCUUCCAGGCCCAGACAUUUUUACAUUUGAUACUGGCCGUCGACCAUGGUUCCUCCUCGUCGCUCACGGACUUGUCCAAGAAAGAGAAAUCGCUGCAGUUCUUGUUGAGCAUCAAGAAGAAGACAGUGAUGAUUUGGAUCCAGACGAGAGCGCACUGCAAAUCUAUCCUACGGAAAAACGGUCCCACACCCUAGUCAAGAUGGGAAAUCUGCAACACAAUUCUCCACGUUUUGGGAGUUCUGCAUGACAAGUUUCCAUCUGCAGUAUAAAACUGGUUAGCAAGGAAAGCCGCAUGAGAAAGCCAUUUACUCAUGCUGUUUACAGCAUAAUACAAAUUCCAAAACACGACUGGAAAUGCCUCUCAAGGAGAUGCGCAUCACAAAUGUUCCUGUGAUUGCGCAUUUGCAUGACAACUCUGGGGUGUCGUGGGCCCUGUUUUUACCAAGGAUGAAAUCCAGACUUGGAUCAACCAUCUGGUGGAAGAACAGGAAAAACAGGGAAGAUCAUGGGAAGGAAAUAUCAACUGCAAAAGUCUCUGGGUCUGAGAGAAUGCAAGGUUUGUCAUGCAGGUUUUCCAGGACCCAUGAGGUCUGGCAUGUAGGACAGAGCAUGACAGAAUCUGUGAGAGUUCUAUCAUGCCUAUCCUGCAUGAGAAACUGCCUCUCGAUUAGGUCAAAAGUGGACAGCUUUUGGCAAUCAUGCAACACAGAUUUAUUUCAUAUGAUUCUGAUUCAGAUUUAGCAUGACAAUUUGCUUUGGUCCAGACCGCCCAGACAUUUUUGUAUUUGAUAGGACAACGACCACAGCAAACCUUUCUUCCAGCGGACCACGAGAGCAGCCACUACACCAGUGCUGAAAGUGCCGACAUCAAGAACGAGGGCGAAGCCCUAUCAACAAGAAGAAUCGAGGAAGAACAAGACGAAACUUCGGACCUCCACGCGCUCGAUCAGGAGCAGAUCUUGAGCCCCAAUUUUUACCAUUAUGCCAAGCUACACCAAAAUGAUCAUGAUGAUGAUGUUGGUGAACAAACUGGUGCAGCGGCGAUGGAUCUGGAUCUGGAUGCCACCAGCAGCCAUGAAAAUGCAAUAAAGUUCCUCCAGGUCUCAACAAAAACUGCGACGCAGCAGCAUCAGCGAGAACAAGAGCUACUACAGCAGCGGAAGCUGUUCGUGGCGAGGACGAAGAACUCUUUGAGCCACUAUCAAAUGCGAAAGUGUCUGGGUCUGGAAGAGUGGAAGUUUGUCAUGCUUGUCUGGCAUGACUCGAUAAUCUGCGUUGCCUAGGCACGAAAAGGCCCUCUUCCCUGUCAUGCAAAAUCAAAAACGCAGUUUGCCAUGCGGAAUACGUAAGACAUGGCAGCCAAAAAAUUUGUCAUGCGUAAGCUGCUUAUUGCAGUCCGCCUAUCAUUCACUUUUUAGCAUUACAAGUUUCCAGACAUCCAGGGAUAUUUGCAAAGCAUAGCCACCAGGAGGGAACAACAACCGGAAUACAUCAUCAUCAAGAACACGACAAGACCUCCAGUCGUGCUGCUGGUACUAGUUCAACAUUUGCGUGGACCCGGUGGGUGUUUUCCUACCGCAACCAGCUCGCCGGGCUCGUGACCGGGAAAGACAGCUUAUGAACUGCAAAAGUAUCGUACUCGUAUAAAUGCAUUACAAAUUUCCUCAGCAUGAGAAAGAAAAUUUGUAAUGCGGAUUGACCUUGAGAAAAGGAUUUGUAAUUCAUGACUGCAAGAAAGUGAGUGCGAUACUUUUGCACAGGAUGCAGCUACGCGAAAGAGGCGUUUCAAAACUAUGGAACUCUCAAAUCGGUUUACCUUCUCAACUGUUACAUGAUUAUGAUUCGUCCUGCACAAUGCACAUCACACAUCAGCAUCCAUACGAUGAAGCUACUUCGCAUGACAAUUUUUUGAAGGGGUAAAGAACAGCACUAAAAUCUGUGCCAAAUUUGUAAUGCGAUAGGUGCAACAAGCUCCCUUCUUUUGCUUUUCCUAUUCUUGCAUCACAAAUUCAUUGAUAACAGUUGAGGAGGGACUAACCGAUUUGAGAACGCCAUAAAAACUUUGCGCGGUUCAAGCAGCGGGAUGUGAGAAUAUCAAGUGCAAAAAUGUCUGGGUCUGAAAGGUUGGCACUUGUGAUGCUGUCUCUGGAUUCUAAAAAAAUUUGGAUUGCAUGACCAGCAACAGAACUCCCGUUUGUGCUACCCGGAGAGGGCAUUUUUCAUGCGGUAGAGGCAUCACAAAGGCCUCUAAAAAUCUGUCAUGCUAGAGCAUGCAUCACAGACAUCACGAGUCUUUCAAAAUAUGCAUGACAAACCUGGCAAGCUUCCAGACAUUUUUACACUUGAUAGAGAAAAGUGGAAAACAAACACAACGACGAGCUACUUACUAUUUUGAAGACAACCUCUAUGGAGAGAAAAAAGUUUGUCACAGUCACUAAGUUGCAGGUUUUGCAUUACAAAUUUUCUUAGCAUCACAAAUUUUCCUUGUAUUGCAGAAACACUAGGGAAAUCCCUAACAAUAACAAAGUUGGUUGUGAUGCAUUUUUACGCAUGACAAACAGUUUUGUAUUGCAAAAAUGCGCAUGAGUGAUCGUGACGAACUUUUUUUGUUUGAUAACCUCCACAGCACCCUCGCCCAAGGAGGACGACGAGGAUCUGCAUUUGACGUUUCGGCAAGAUUAUCAACUGCAAGUAUGUCUGGGUCCUCUGGAAGGAUGCGAACUUGUGAUGCGCAUUUCACAACACAGACAAAUCUCUCAUGCAUAGGCAGCAAAAGGUACCCAUUUAUUCCUGUCACCUCCAAAAUGAGAGAUUUGUCAUGCGGAUUAAGCAAAAAUGCGGAAGCUUCUAAAAAUCUCUGAUGCUAGGGCAGCUUCCAUGACAGACACUUUGUGUCAUGCAAAAACAGCAUGAAAAAAUCUGCAUUCUUCAAGACCCAGAGGACAUUUUUGCAUUUGAUAAAGAUGAAACGACGCGCGCGGCGGAGCAGGAGCAGCGGUUUUCAUCAUCAUCGGUGUUUCAAGAUGUAAAGCCCGGGCAGUUGGUUCUCGUGAAGCAUGCUCACGCGGCGGGACUCAACACGUCGGGAGGAGCAGGAGCUCCUGGGGCUGCGGCGGGGACAACGACAACAAGCAAGAAGAUGAGCAACAGCAUGCUGAUGUCGUCCACAAUAUUGAUGCCCGGCGUCUCAUUGUACGAAGCAGGGGCGUCCCGCGGCACCACGGGGCCGAAAGAAUUCUCGCACAUGCCGACUCUUCGGAAACUCGUCGGCCCAGGGGAAGUAACUGCUGCUCCAAGAACAAUUCAACACAUGUACCGCACUGCAGCUGAUGAAGGACAAACUUCUCACAUCAAUUGGGGCGAGGAGGUGGACCAGAUUUUUGUGCUCCCGGAGAAUGUCCAACAAGUGCGCAUUUUUUUGCCCAAGCCAGACGCAAACUUGCUGCAGAAAAUGGAGCAAGCCGAAAGCCGGCUGGCCAAAAAUCCCUACUACCGGGGCGACAAGUUCCAGGGCAUGAUGCUGCUUCUUGACCUAUCCUGAGGAAAAAUGCCCCCGCACCAGAGUCGAGUUGGGCAUCUAGCAACACAAAUCUCCAAGUUUUGGGAGUUGUGCAUGACAAGUUUCCCUCUGCAGUGUAGUACUGGUUGACAACGGAAGCCGCAUUAGAAAGCCACUUUCUCAUCCUGUUUUUAGCAUCACAAAUUCCUAAACGCGAUUGGUAAUGCCUCUCAUGGAGCUGCGCAUUACAAAUGUUCCUGUCAUUGCGCAUUUCCAUGACAACUCUGGUGUGGGGGCGUUUUUACUCAGGAUACGACCCGAAAGCGAGGACCUUCGCUCCGGACGUUGCACUCACGCGGGACUUGCCGAGCAAGGUUCUCGAGGGGGUGGAAACGAAGACGCUGGCCGCUAUGGAAGUGUCAGGAUUGAAGUCGACAAAGUUGAAGUGAUUUGUCAUGCAUAAAAUGGAUGCCAGGCGGAACCCAGUUUCCAAGCGGCGCAUGACAAAUUUGGGCGGUGCCUAAACCCAGUUUGUAAUGCUGUUUGGGUAAGGAGGACGCCUUUUGUCGUGCUACUUUAGCAGCUCUAAUAUUUCUACUCCCCAACAGGCUUACAAUCUGCCUCCCUUGCCUACUCUGCAAGACAGGCACUUUGUGAGUUGCAUUUUAUGCAUCACAAACUUUUUCAACUUUGACGAUUUCAGUCCUGACGCUUCCAUAGCCGCUUUGGAGCAGGAGAAAUCGGAAAAGCUGGCCGCAUUGGAAACCGAAAUCGGCACGCUGCAAGCAGAACUGGAUGCCGUGGUUCUUUCGCAGCCACAGGGUCGUGAAGAAGAAAAAAUGGGAAAUAUCCUGAGUAAAAAUGUCCCCACACCAGAGUUCUUGUCAUGCAAAUCUGCAUGCCAAAAAAGUUUCUCAUGCGGAGCGCCAUAAGAACCAUUUUCUCAUCCUGUUUUGGAAUUUGUAAUGCUAGAAUCAGCAUGAUAUGCUAGAUCUGUGAUGCUUCGGAACUAGCUAAACAGGAUUACACUACGAGGAUAAAUUUGUCAUGCGAAACCACCAGAGGUGGCGGAUUUGUCUAGCGGAUUCCCCAUCUUGACUCUGGGGUGGGGGCGUUUCCGCUCAGGAUAGGAAAAAUGACGUCCAUGUCCGCGCUGCUCAGGCUCGUGAAGCAACCAAAAAGCGUCGUGCUCCAAAAGUUAUGAACUGCAAAAGUAUCGUACUCGUAUAAAUGCAUUACACAUUUCCUCAGCAUGAGAAAUGAAGUUUGUAAUGCUGAUUUGCCUUCAGAAAAAAAUCGUUUAGACGCAAUCGUUUAGAUUCUGGCAUGUUAACCAAAAAAUUUGUAAUGCAAGACUUGCAUUUAUACGAAUGCGAUGCUUUUGCACAGGAUAAAAGUGGAAGGAACGGCAGAUCCGGCGUAGGAAGUUUGAGAAGAAGCAGGUCGAUAUGAAAUGUAAAAAUGUCUGGGGCUGGAACAAGGUUGGAACUUGUGAUGCUAACUUUGGACUCUAGAAAAAUCUGUAUUGCAUGACCAGCAAGAGGAGUCUAGUUCGUGUUACGCGGCGAGGGCAUUUGUCAUGCGGAGUAGGCAUCAGGAAGCUGCCCUCUAAAAAUCUGUGAUGCUAAGUCGCGCAUCUUUACAGACAUCCUGGGUCAUGCAAAAUAUGCAUGACAAACCCGGCAUCAAUAUUCCAGACCCAGACACUUUUGCACUUGAUAGUCGAAGCUGUUCACAGCGAAAAGGCCAUGGCCGCCGCGGCGAGAAAAGUGCGGCACAUGUUGGCGCAGCACUUUUGCACCACGUGGGCGUGCAAAACAAAAUCAAAAGCUGGCGCAUCCAGAACUACUCUGUCGUGGUUUGCUCGCGGGGAAAAUAUAUGGAUUGCAAAAAUGUCUGGGUCUGGAAAGAUGCGAACUUGUGAUGCGCACUUUACAUCACACAAAAACCUGUCGUGCAUGGAAGCCAAAAGUUGCACACUUCUCGCCACCGAAUAAAGAAGGUCUUUGUCAUGCGGAUUACGCAUUAAGAGACCUUAUCAAAACCUGUGAUGCUAGGGCGUGCAUGGUAGAUCUUCUGGGUCAUGCCGAAGCUGCAUCACAAACCUCUGCAUCCUCCCAGACCCAGACAUUUUUGCAAUGCAUAAAAUAAAGAAGAUGACCACAAGAACGAGAACCCCUUGCAGAUGACCACUGCAGAAGACGACUCGGUUCUACAGGACCUCGGAGCGGAUCUGGAGGCUUACACAGCCGACUUGGAAGCUGCACGCGCGUACGGCGAGGAACAAGAAGGCCGGGGCCGGCAACGGCAAGAACUCCUAACUAUUCCCUUCCAGUUCGCGCCCCUUCAGGGCGACAACGUCCUGUUUCUGCCGCAGGGAAGCCACAUGCGUGAGCUGCUUGGCGCGGAGGUGCGAAAGGAUGGAGAUGAAGAAGAGCAGGGGGAUAUCACAAGAAAAAGUGUUAACGUUAACGGAAUUUGUGAUGCAGAAAUGCAUCACAAGACGUGUCAGAAUUUGUCAUGCAUAGCAUGCAUAUUGGGCUACAUUUGUGAUGCAUGACUGCAAUCUGUGAAAACCGUUUGUACGUUAACACUUUUUCCUGUGAUAGGGGAAAACGCGAAAAAUGCGUACGAGACGUCGAGGACCUUAUCCUGAGUAAAAACGUACCCACACCAGAGUCAGGAUGGGGAUUUUGCAACACAAACCUAGGAGUUUUGUGAGUCACGCAUCACAAGUUGCAGUCCGUAGUGUAGUGCAGGUUCGCAAGGCCAGCUGCAUCAGAAAUCCAUCUGCUCAUCCUGUUUACAGCAUUACAAAUUCCAAAACACGAUUGAAAAUGGUUCUCAUGCGGAUGCGCAUUACAGGUCUUCCUGUCUUUGCAAAUCUGCAUUACAACUCUGGUGUGGGUACGUUUUUCCUCAGGAUAGACCUCCACAGAGAAGCAAGGGCAAGCAGCUGCUGGUGCUCUACUUCCUACUAUCCUAUGUAAAAACGUACCCACCCCAUAGUCAAGAUGGGUAGUCGGCUAGACAAAUCGACAAGCUUUGGCUAUUUCGCAUGACAAAUUUGGACGCGUAGUGUAGUGCUGUUUGAGCUAGUUCAGCAGCAUUACAGAUCUAGUCUCUCAUGCUGAUUGGAGCAUGACAAAUGUCAAAACAGCAUUAGAAAAUGCUUCUCAUGGGGCUCCGCAUGAGAAACAUUCUAAGCAUGCAGAUUUGCAUGACAACUAUGGUGUGGGGACGUUUUUACACAGGAUACCUACUACUUCGGCUUCUGCUUCGAAACAUGCUGCAACUUAUGGAUUGCAAAUAUGUCUGGGUCUGGGUCUGGAAGAUUGCAACUUGUCAUGCCAAAUCCGAAGCAUGGGAGCAUCUGUGUUGCAUGAGUGCCAAAUAAAGCUGUCCACUUUCGACCAAGUUGGGAGGGAGUGAUUUCUCAUGCAGGACUGGCAUGACAGAGACCACCUCACAGAGUCUGUCACGCAAGGUCCCGUCUUCCAGACCUCAUGGGUCAUGCAAAACCUGCAUGACAAGUUUACACUCUACUUCCAGACCUUCCAGACAUACUUGCAGUUGAUACAACUUCGAAAAAAGCAACUGCUUCUGCCGCCGGUCUCGCGGUGAGAGAGCUCCAAACGGACCAGGGACUCUCAAAAAUGACGCUCGCCCGGGUACUGAAAAUGUUCGCGAUGCGAAACACGCGGAAAAACCAGGCAAAAACCCAGAAGAUUAUCAAAUGCAAAAAUGUCUGGGUCUGGAUGAAGGUUGGAACUUGUGAUGCUACAAAAUCUGAAUCAUGCAAAAAGACAAAUCUGUGUUGCAAGAUUAGCAAAUGCUGCCCAAUUUUGAUCAAGUUGCGAGGCAGUUUCUACUCAUGCAGGAUAGGCACGAUAGUGAUCUCACAGAUGAAUCUGUCACGCUAGGUCCUCCAUGACAGAUCGUAUGGGUCAUGGAAAAUAACCUAGAUGACAAGUCUAGCAACCUCUUUUGCUGUUCGUGCAAUACAGCUUUUUGUACCAUCCAGAUGCAGCAUCACAAGUUGCAUCCUUCCAGACCCAGACAUUUUUGCAAUGCAUAAAGAUGGCACAGGACCUAUUUGGCGGUCCGUUGGAGGAGUGGCGCCUGCGCGACGACACAUCUUUCGUAGACCUGAUUCCGGUAUGCAUUGCAAAUAGGUCUGGGUCCUCUGGAAGGAUGCAACUUGUGAUGCUGCAUCUGGAUGCUACAAAAAUCUGUAUUGCACGAACAGGAAAAGAGGUCCAGUUUUUGCCACGGCGGGCGGGCAACGUUUCUCAUGCGGUUUAGGCAUCAGGAAGCCGUCACAAAAUCUGCGACGCUAGGGCAUGCAUCACAGAUCGAUCAGGAGUCAUGCAAAAUGUGCAUGGCAAACCUUGCAUUCUUCCAGACCCACAUCGAUAUUUGCAUUGGAUAUCCGGAGUUUUUGCUGCAAAAGAUGUGGGCCCCCUUUUUGAAACAUCUGCGGUUGCAGUGCGACAAAGCCGCGGUGCGGGGACGAGGCAGCAAGAACACUAGCCUGCUCGUAGUGAGAGGAAAAAUCCCCCUGCUCCCCAUAUCAAAAAGGCAUCACUCUGAAAAUUUGUGACGCAGAUUUGUGGUCACAAAUCCGCUCUGUCUUGCAAGAAGGCAAGCGCCGUUGUGUGCGCUGCAUUUUGGAUGUGGUUUCUCAUGCUGAUGUACGUAGGGCCUACAGGGCAGGCGUCUCUCAUGCGAAGCAGCUAGAUGCUUCCACUCCUAAGCAAGCUGAGGAUCUGGCUGCAGUCCUGCUAUAUUGCAAGACAGACGUCAUUUGUGUACGCAAAUCCAGCGUCAGAAACUUCGUUUCGAUAUGGGGAGGGGGGAUUUUUCCUUUUGAUAGCUCGCCAUGCUCACGGACAUGCCGGGCGGAGGCGAGUAUGAACUGCAAAAGUAUCGUAUUCGUAUAAAUGCAUGACAAAUUUCCUCAGCAUGAGAAAUAAAAUUUGUCAUGCGAACUUGACUUGAGAAAGAAAUUUGGAAUGCAUGAUUGCAAUACGAGUACGAUACUUUUGCACAGGAUAGCGAGGCGGAAGUUGUCAAUCACGCAGCUAGUUAUCAAAUGCAAAAGUGUCUGGGUCUGGAAGGUUGUAACUUGUGAUGCUGUCUGUGGAAGGUAAAAAAAAUCUGUAUUGCAUGACCAGCAUAUUAGAGGAGUCCAGUUUGUGCUACGCGGCGCGGGCGUUUCUCAUGCGGAAUACAACGCAUCAGAAGGCACUUGAAAAUAAAUCUGUGAUCAUGCUAGGUCAUGCGUAAUUACAGGCAUGAUCUUUACGGGUCGGUAUGCAAUAAAAUAUGCAUGACCACAUCAAACCUGGCAUCAAUCUCCCAGAUGACCCCGACACUUUUGCACUUGAUACUAGCGGCGCAAUAGCACCAACUUCCUCGGCCUCUGCCAGUAGUACAACAAGUGACGAUGCAGGCGCGGGGAUGCAAACGUUUUUGCAGCAGCGCCCCGGGCUAUCAAACAAAAAAAGUUCGUCACGAUCACUUAUGCGCAUUUUUGCAAUACAAAAUUGGCUGUCAUGCGUAAAAAUGCAUGACAGCCAAGCUCCUUCAUAGGGGAUUUCCCUAGUGUUUCUGCAAUACAAGGAAAACUUGUGAUGCUAAAAAAAUUUGUAAUGCAAAACCUGCAAGUUAGUGACUGUGACAAACUUUUUUCUUUCCAUACGGGCCGCCAUCUUCUGCUAUCUUCGGGCCGCCCGCCCCCCGGCCUAAAAAGUCGAGCGCAGCUUAUCCUGAGUAAAAACGUACCCACACCAGAGUCAAGAUGAGGACUUUGCAACACAAACCUUGAAGUUUUGGGAACCACGCAUGACAAAUUGCAGGCUGUAGUGUAGUGCAGUUUAGCAAGGGAAGCCGCAUCACAAAUCCAUCUCCUUAUCCUGUUUAUAGCAUUACAAGUUCCAAAACACGAUUGGAAAUUCUUCUCAUAGGGAUGCGCAUUACAAGCGCCUUUGCGCUUGCAGAUCUGCAUUACAACUCUGGGGUGGGUACGUUUUUACAUAGGAUACAGCUUCUGCUAUCGGUCCUAUGAAGAUCUCGGCUGCUCCUCCGACGUCGCCUCUCCCCCGGGGUCAUGGGCGCGCAGCUUCUGCUGUCUCGGCUCCACCGCCCCCCCGGGGUACUAAGGGUUCUUCAGCUAAUAUCCUACUUUCUCCAGUACCGCCUAUGCCACAGUUUUCCCCUAUUUUUACCCGGAAGCCGGGAAGAACAAGAACUCCAUCUGCUUCGGGAGCUGGUCGCUCUUCGAGCUCCACUACUUCUUCCCGGGGACGUCGAGCAUCUCCAGGGUCGACUCCAGCCGGACGAAAUUCCGCCUUCCAGAGUCCGACCUGGUCGCCGUUGGCACGCAAAAAUGGGAAAAUUUCGACGAUGUCGCUGGCGCAGCACCACGCUGCAGCGCCCGUUGUCGAUAACAACAUCCGGGAUAGUACCGUUGACGACGGAUUUCGUUCCGGGUGGUCGGCGACGAGGAGUACUAUCAGCGACGAGGACGACUAUCGACUGCAAUUGUUUCGAUCCGGUUCUGGAAGGACGAUAAGUAUUAAGAGCAUUUAUUGGAUUCCAUUUCUAUAGUACUUAAGUCUAAGUAUCAACAAAAAUGAAGCCUGAAUCUGUAUUACAGAUUCAGGCUUUAUUUUUGAUACUUAUUUAUAUUUUACUUAUUUUGGAUGAAAAUGAAAAAGAACAGCAAAAGUGGUCCAGUCAGUAUUUGCUACGGCGAAAUUAUAAAGGCUUUUUUGUCCUCGUUCUCCUCGUCGCAUCAGAAAGAAGUUGUACUAGUAGCCCUGGAUUGGAAAAUGAUAAGUCAUCUGUGAUGCUAGUCGGGCACCAUGCAUCACAUCAGAUCGAUGCGUGGCAAAGGCAAAUGUCGCCUCGUCUUCUUUCCAGACACCCAGAUCGAAAUUUGCAUUUGAUAUGUUCCCGGUCCGCGAUGCGGAACCCGGCAGGCCGGGCUCGUCCUCGUCGUCCCAAGUGAAUUUAUCAACUGUAAAAAUGUCUGGGUCUGGAAGAAUGCAACUUGUGAUGCUAAAUCUGAAGCGUGCAAAAAUCUGUGUUGCAUGAUUACCAAAAGUCGUCCAGUUUUGGCCAAGUCGGGAGGGAGUUUCUGAUGCAGGAUAGGCAUGAGAGAGAGUGCACAGAAUCUGUCAUGUUAGGUCCUGCAUUACAGACCUCAUGGGUCAUGAAAAAGCUGCAUGACAAAUCGCGCAUUCUUCCAGACCCAGACACUUUUACAUUUGAUAGAAUUUUGGGGGUACCCAAGUCCGACGCUUCGUGAUUGGAUCGUCACCGGAGUCGUACCUUGCCUCCGAAGACUCCGCCUCAGCAGCCUCUUCUCCCGGGCCGAUAAGUUUAGCUAAUCAAGAACUACAUCGAGCUGCGGCUGCGCCCACCUCCGCCCUGCGCGCGGGCACACCCGGUACUACUUCGGCUGGCACGGGUAUGGCGUUCUCAAAUGUUACAUUCUCAACACGAAUUUGAUGUAUAUGCAAGAAUGGCAAAAGUGAAAGGAAGGGCCUUGCGCGUCCUCUUGCAUGACAGAUUUGGCACAGAAGAUGUUCAGCCUGUUUGGCCGUCCGAGAAUUUAUUGCCAUGCGAAGCAGCUUGAAGGCGUCGAUAGUCAAGGUAUUUUUGCAUGACAAAUCAUGCAACAGUUGAAAAUGUAACAGUUGAGAGCGCCAUAACGGGGACGAGUCCCCCGGAAAUCUCCGCGCCGGCACCAGGAACCGCGGGCCAGCCGGUUGUCGUGCCGCCGAAAGCGAAGGCCUCCGGCCCGGCGCCAGCCGUACCCAACAUCUCGGCCCCGCCACCAGGAGAAGCGGGCCAGCCGGUCGUGCCGAAGGCGGAGCCGAAGGCGAAGCCCAAGGCGAAGCCCAAGGCGAAGCCCAAGGCGAAGCCCAAGGCGAAGGCGAAGGCAGCGGCCGGAGGUAUGGCGUUCUCAAACGUUACGUUCUCAACUGUUACAUGGAUUUGUCAUGCAAAAUGACCAUGAGCCGCCACACGAUCAAGGUGCUCCGCAUGAUAAAUUCUCGAAGCAGGGCUAAACACCACCUCCUGAAUCUGCUCCACAUUUGUAAUGCAAAGCGCGCAAUCUACUUCCCGCGUUCACUUUUGCUGUUCUUGCAUGACGAAUUCAUGUAACAGUUGAGAGUGUAACAUUUGAGAAUCCCAUAGGAGGAGCGGAAGGAGUAUCCAGGAAAAAAAGUGUGUAAGUGUAACUUUCUUUGAGGAACAGCAUCACAAAUUUGCUCUCCAUGACAGAGAAAACCUGUCAUGCAUGGUUUGUAAGGGAAAACACACAUGAAAAUAGGACUUCAUGGCUGUCUGGCAUGACAGGUGUAACUCUGUUGCAUCCUCUGCAACACAAAUUUACACUUACACAGUUUUUUUCUUGCAUAAGGAGGUGGCGAACCGGACUACAUCCGGGAAGGACUAUACCGCAAGAAAAAACUGGUUCACUGUGAACUUGUGAUGCAUAGAAUGAAACACAGAUCUAUUUGUCUUGCCACACCGACCUGCAAGAGCAAGACCUCGACUCUUUAGCGGUGUUUUCCGUUUGGAAGCGCGCAUGGCAAAUUUUCUGUGUCAUGUGUAACAAACUUGCGAUGCAGAUCUUGCAAGAUCAUCACAGUGAAACAGUUUUUUCGUGGGAUAGACUACAGGUUGCGGCAGGGGCCUAUGGCGGGGCCGUGCUUUGGGCUCUGGUAUCAACUGCAAAAAUGUCUGGGUCUGGAAACUUGUGAUGCAAAAAGUGACUGUUGAUAGCCGGACUGCAAUAUGCAGCUACGCAUCACAAAUUUUCUGGCUGCCAUGUCUUACGUAUUUUUCCGCAUGGCAAACUGCGUUUUUGCAUAACAGGUAAAGAGGAUCUUCUUUUCGUGCCUAGGCAACACAGAUUCUCGGAUCAUGCCAGACAAGCAUGACAAACUUGCAUUCAUCUUCCAGACCCAGACAUUUUUACAUUUGAUUGGCGGCUCCGCUUGCGGGCGCGGGCGGCACGCUUUCUGUGGGUGCGGGUGCCGUGUUAG